AUCGAUAUACAACUUCCAACUAUUUCGUCAUGUGGAGGAGCCUGGUUGGAAAUUGGGAUGGGCAUGGAAAGGUGACGAGGUGAUUUGGUCAAUGCUGGGAGCAGAAGCAAAGGAGCAAGGGAAUUGCACAAGAUUUAGAGGACAACAGAAACCACAUUGUUGCAAGAAGGAACCAGUUAUCAUUGAUCUCAUGCCUGGAACUCCCUACAACAUGCAGACCGCAAAUUGCUGCAAAGCUGGCAUCCUUACAUCCCUUAAACAAGAUCCUACAAAACUCGGUGCCACCUUCCAAAUGAAUUAUGUAAAACCAUCACUCUCCGAUUCAGCUCCCGCUUUUACCAUGCCAGAAAAUUUCACCCUUGGAAUUCCUGGCUAUAGCUGUGGGACACCAUUUCAAGUCCCGCCAACCAUGUUUACCAAAGACGGACACAGAUGGCAACAAGUCUUGGAGACUUGGAAUGUGACUUGUAUUUACUCCCAGUUUCUAGCAUCACCUGCUCCAAAAUGUUGCGUCUCUCUGUCUGCAUUCUACAACAGUACUAUCGUUCCUUGUCCCACAUGCAGUUGUAAUUGCCAAGGACUACCAGGAGCGACUUGUGUUGAUUCUGAUAAGACUUCAAUGUUGCAACUGCCACAACCGAAUCGCGGAGAAGCAGCAGCACCGGUGAUCAGGUGUUCACAUCACAUGUGCCCCAUUCGUAUUCACUGGCAUGUGAAACAAAGUUACAAAGAGCAUUGGCGGGUGAAGAUCACGAUCACAAACAUGAACUUUGCGAAAAACUAUUCCCAAUGGAAUUUGGUGGUGCUGCACCCUAACUUGGGAAACGUAACUCAGGUGUUCAGUUUCAACUACGAAGCUCUAACAGUUCAUGGAAAAUUGAGGGACAUAGGGAUGUUUUGGGGGCUGGCGUAUUACAAUGACAUGUUGCUUACACACGGAGAGAAUGGGAAUGUGCAAACAGAGGUGUUACUACAUAAAGAUCGAGGAAAGUUCAGCUUCAGAGAAGGGUGGAGUUUUCCUAGAAAAGUUUCAUUCAAUGGCGAUGAAUGUGUGAUGCCAUCUCCUGAUGCAUAUCCUAGACUUCCCAACGCAGCUCAUGUUGCCAUAACAAGCCUUAACACAAUUUUCUUUUCACUGUUACUCAUACUCUUAUAGAAGGUUAGAAGGAAGGAUUACUUUGAAUAUCUCAGUUUAGUGUCACACCACAUUUGUAGUUAUUCUUUCAGUUCUUUUUAC